GGGACUAACCAGACGCCAUGGCACAGAAAGGCCAACUCAGUGAUGAUGAGAAGUUCCUCUUUGUGGACAAAAAUUUCAUCAAUAGCCCAGUGGCCCAGGCUGACUGGGCUGCCAAGAAACUGGUCUGGAUCCCCUCAGAGAAGCAAGGCUUCGAGGCAGCCAGCAUCAAGGAGGAGAAGGGGGAUGAAGUGAUUGUGGAGCUGGUGGAAAAUGGCAAGAAGGUCACAGUCGGCAAGGAUGACAUCCAGAAGAUGAACCCACCCAAGUUCUCCAAGGUGGAGGACAUGGCGGAACUGACGUGCCUCAACGAAGCUUCAGUAUUGCACAACCUGAGGGAGAGAUACUUCUCAGGACUCAUAUAUACGUACUCUGGCCUUUUCUGCGUGGUGGUCAACCCCUACAAGUACCUGCCCAUCUACUCGGAAAAGAUCGUGGACAUGUACAAGGGCAAGAAGAGGCACGAGAUGCCCCCCCACAUCUACGCCAUCGCCGACACGGCUUACCGGAGCAUGCUGCAAGAUCGGGAGGAUCAGUCCAUUCUGUGCACAGGCGAGUCUGGAGCUGGGAAAACAGAAAACACUAAGAAAGUGAUUCAGUACCUGGCGGUGGUGGCCUCCUCCCACAAGGGCAAGAAGGACACAAGCAUCACGGGUGAGCUGGAAAAGCAGCUUCUACAAGCAAACCCAAUUCUGGAAGCUUUUGGCAACGCUAAAACGGUCAAGAAUGACAACUCAUCACGAUUUGGCAAAUUCAUCCGCAUCAACUUUGACGUCACCGGUUACAUCGUGGGAGCCAACAUUGAGACCUACCUGCUAGAAAAGUCCCGGGCGAUUCGCCAAGCCAGAGAUGAGCGGACGUUCCACAUCUUUUACUACAUGAUCGCUGGUGCCAAGGAAAAGAUGAAGAAUGACUUGCUUUUGGAGGGUUUCAGCAACUACACAUUCCUCUCCAACGGCUACGUGCCCAUCCCGGCCGCCCAGGACGAUGAGAUGUUCUUGGAAACCUUGGAGGCCAUGGGAAUCAUGGGUUUCAACGAGGAAGAGCAGCUGUCCAUAUUGAAGGUGGUGUCGUCUGUCCUGCAGCUUGGAAAUAUUGUCUUCAAGAAGGAAAGAAACACAGACCAGGCAUCCAUGCCAGAUAAUACAGCUGCUCAGAAAGUUUGCCACCUGAUGGGAAUCAAUGUGACAGACUUCACCAGAGCCAUCCUGACCCCACGUAUCAAAGUUGGACGGGACGUGGUGCAGAAAGCCCAGACAAAAGAACAGGCUGACUUUGCCAUAGAAGCCCUGGCCAAGGCCAUUUAUGAGCGUCUCUUCCGCUGGAUACUUACGCGUGUGAACAAAGCUCUGGACAAGACUCACCGGCAAGGGGCCUCGUUCCUGGGCAUCCUGGACAUCGCUGGAUUUGAGAUCUUUGAGGUGAACUCCUUCGAGCAGCUGUGCAUCAACUACACCAACGAGAAGCUGCAACAGCUCUUCAACCACACCAUGUUCAUCCUGGAGCAGGAAGAGUACCAGCGCGAAGGCAUCGAGUGGAACUUCAUCGACUUCGGCCUCGACCUGCAGCCCUGCAUCGAGCUCAUUGAGCGACCGAAUAACCCUCCUGGUGUGCUGGCCCUGCUGGAUGAGGAGUGCUGGUUCCCCAAAGCCACAGACAAGUCCUUUGUGGAGAAGCUGUGCUCGGAGCAGGGCAACCACCCCAAGUUCCAGAAACCCAAGCAACUCAAGGACAAGACUGAGUUUUCCAUAAUCCACUAUGCUGGGAAGGUGGAUUACAAUGCAAGUGCCUGGCUGACCAAGAACAUGGACCCACUGAAUGACAACGUGACUUCACUCCUCAACGCCUCCUCAGACAAGUUUGUGGCUGACUUGUGGAAGGACGUGGACCGCAUUGUGGGGCUAGACCAGAUGGCCAAGAUGACAGAGAGCUCGCUGCCCAGCGCCUCCAAGACCAAGAAGGGCAUGUUCCGCACGGUGGGGCAGCUCUACAAGGAACAGCUUGGGAAGCUGAUGACCACACUGCGUAACACCACGCCCAAUUUUGUGCGCUGCAUUAUCCCCAACCAUGAGAAAAGGUCGGGCAAGCUGGAUGCAUUUCUGGUACUGGAGCAGCUACGGUGCAACGGAGUGUUGGAAGGCAUCCGGAUCUGUCGGCAGGGUUUCCCCAACAGGAUUGUCUUUCAGGAGUUCCGCCAACGCUAUGAGAUCCUCGCAGCAAGUGCAAUUCCCAAAGGCUUCAUGGACGGGAAGCAGGCCUGCAUUCUCAUGAUCAAAGCUCUAGAACUUGAUCCCAACUUGUAUAGGAUUGGGCAGAGCAAAAUCUUCUUCCGAACCGGGGUACUGGCCCACCUGGAAGAGGAACGAGACUUGAAAAUCACAGAUGUCAUCAUGGCGUUCCAGGCGAUGUGUCGCGGCUACCUGGCCCGAAAGGCUUUUACCAAGCGGCAGCAGCAGCUGACGGCCAUGAAAGUGAUCCAGCGGAACUGCGCCGCCUACCUCAAGCUGCGGAACUGGCAGUGGUGGAGACUCUUCACCAAAGUGAAGCCGCUGCUGCAGGUGACACGGCAGGAGGAGGAAAUGCAGGCCAAGGAGGACGAGCUACAGAAGAUCAAGGAGCGGCAGCAGAAGGCGGAGGGCGAGCUCAAAGAGCUGGAGCACAAGCACACACAGCUGGCCGAGGAAAAGAACCUGCUACAAGAGCAGCUGCAGGCCGAGACAGAGCUGUACGCAGAGGCUGAGGAGAUGCGGGUCCGGCUGGCGGCCAAGAAGCAGGAGUUGGAAGAGAUCUUGCAUGAGAUGGAGGCCCGCCUGGAGGAGGAGGAGGACCGGGGCCAGCAGCUGCAGGCUGAAAAGAAGAAGAUGGCCCAGCAGAUGCUGGACCUGGAAGAACAGCUGGAAGAGGAGGAAGCCGCGAGGCAGAAACUACAACUCGAGAAGGUCACAGCUGAGGCCAAGAUCAAGAAACUGGAGGAUGACAUCUUGGUCAUGGAUGACCACAACAAUAAGCUAUCAAAAGAGCGAAAACUUCUUGAAGAAAGGAUUAGCGAUUUAACGACAACUCUCGCAGAAGAGGAAGAAAAAGCCAAGAAUCUCACCAAGCUGAAAAACAAGCAUGAAUCUAUGAUUUCAGAACUGGAAGUGCGCCUGAAGAAGGAGGAGAAGAAUCGACAGGAACUGGAGAAACUGAAGCGGAAGCUGGAGGGAGAGGCCAGCGACUUCCACGAGCAGAUCGCUGACCUGCAGGCCCAGAUCGCUGAGCUCAAGAUGCAGCUGGCCAAGAAGGAGGAGGAGCUGCAGGCAGCCCUGGCCAGGCUGGAUGACGAGACUGCGCAGAAGAACAACGCUCUGAAGAAGAUCCGGGAGCUGGAGGGCUACAUCUCCGACCUUCAGGAGGACCUAGACUCCGAGCGGGCGGCCAGGAACAAGGCCGAGAAGCAGAAGAGGGACCUGGGGGAAGAGCUGGAGGCGCUAAAGACAGAGCUGGAGGAUACCCUGGAUAGCACAGCCACACAGCAGGAACUCAGGGCCAAGAGGGAGCAGGAAGUGACUGUGCUGAAGAGAGCCCUGGAUGAAGAGACACGGUCCCAUGAGGCGCAAGUCCAGGAGAUGAGGCAGAAGCACACGCAGGCAGUGGAGGAGCUCACUGAACAGCUCGAGCAGUUCAAGAGGGCCAAGGCGAACCUGGACAAGAACAAGCAGACGCUGGAGAAGGAGAACGCAGACCUGGCCGGUGAGCUGCGGGUUCUGAGCCAGGCAAAGCAGGAAGUGGAGCACAAGAAGAAGAAACUGGAGGUUCAGCUGCAGGAACUGCAGUCCAAGUGCAGCGAUGGCGAGCGGGCCCGCGCCGAGCUCACCGACAAGGUCCACAAGCUGCAGAACGAAGUGGAGAGUGUCACAGGCAUGCUCAAUGAUGCAGAAGGGAAGGCCAUCAAACUGGCCAAGGAUGUGGCAUCCCUUGGAUCCCAGCUCCAGGAUACCCAGGAGCUUCUUCAAGAAGAAACACGGCAGAAACUCAAUGUGUCCACCAAGCUGCGCCAACUGGAGGAUGAGAGGAACAGCCUGCAGGAGCAGCUGGACGAGGAGGUGGAGGCCAAGCAGAAUCUUGAACGCCACAUAUCAACUCUGAACAUACAGCUGUCCGAUUCAAAAAAGAAGCUGCAGGACUUUGCCAGCACCGUGGAAGCCAUGGAAGAGGGCAAGAAGAGGUUCCAGAAGGAAAUUGAAGGCCUCACCCAGCAGUUUGAAGAGAAGGCAGCUGCCUAUGACAAACUGGAAAAGACCAAGAACAGGCUUCAGCAAGAGCUGGACGACCUGCUCGUCGACUUGGACAACCAGCGGCAACUGGUGUCCAACCUGGAAAAGAAGCAGAAGAAGUUUGAUCAGUUGUUAGCCGAAGAGAAAAACAUCUCUUCCAAGUAUGCGGAUGAAAGGGACCGAGCUGAAGCAGAAGCCAGGGAAAAGGAAACCAAGGCCUUGUCCCUGGCUCGGGCCCUAGAAGAGGCUUUAGAGGCCAAGGAAGAACUUGAGCGGACCAACAAGAUGCUCAAAGCUGAGAUGGAAGACCUGGUUAGCUCCAAGGAUGAUGUGGGCAAGAAUGUCCAUGAACUGGAGAAGUCCAAGCGCGCCCUGGAGACCCAGAUGGAGGAGAUGAAGACCCAGCUGGAGGAGCUCGAGGAUGAGCUGCAGGCCACGGAAGAUGCCAAGCUGCGGCUGGAGGUCAACAUGCAGGCCCUCAAGGGUCAGUUCGAGAGAGAUCUCCAAGCCCGGGAUGAACAGAAUGAGGAGAAGCGAAGACAACUCCAGAGGCAGCUGCACGAGUACGAGACGGAACUGGAAGACGAACGCAAGCAACGUGCCCUGGCAGCCGCGGCCAAGAAGAAGCUGGAAGGGGAUCUGAAGGACCUGGAGCUACAGGCCGACUCGGCCAUCAAGGGGCGGGAGGAGGCCAUCAAGCAGCUGCGGAAACUGCAGGCACAGAUGAAGGACUUCCAGAGAGAGCUAGAAGAUGCCCGAGCAUCCAGGGACGAGAUCUUUGCCACAGCCAAAGAGAAUGAGAAGAAAGCCAAGAGCUUAGAAGCUGACCUCAUGCAGCUCCAAGAGGAUCUCGCAGCCGCUGAGCGGGCUCGCAAACAGGCAGACCUGGAGAAGGAGGAGCUGUCAGAGGAGUUGGCCAGCAGCGUGUCUGGAAGGAACGCACUUCAGGAUGACAAGCGCCGCCUGGAGGCCCGGAUCGCCCAGCUGGAGGAGGAAUUGGAGGAGGAGCAAGGCAACAUGGAAGCCAUGAGUGACCGCUUCCGGAAAGCCACGCAGCAGGCUGAGCAGCUCAACAACGAGCUGGCUACGGAGCGCAGCGCGGCCCAAAAGAAUGAGAGCGCACGGCAGCAGCUGGAGCGGCAGAACAAAGAGCUCCGAAGCAAACUCCAAGAAAUGGAGGGAGCGGUCAAGUCCAAGUUCAAGUCCACUAUCACGGCAUUGGAGGCCAAGAUCACGCAGCUGGAGGAGCAGGUCGAGCAGGAGGCCAGAGAGAAGCAGGCAGCCGCCAAGUCACUGAAGCAGAAGGACAAGAAGCUGAAGGAGGUCCUGCUGCAGGUAGAGGACGAGCGCAAGAUGGCGGAGCAGUAUAAAGAGCAGGCAGAGAAAGGAAACACGAGGGUCAAACAGCUCAAGAGGCAGCUGGAGGAGGCAGAGGAAGAGUCCCAGCGCAUCAAUGCCAACCGCAGGAAGCUGCAGCGGGAGCUGGAUGAGGCCACGGAGAGCAACGAGGCCAUGGGCCGGGAGGUGAAUGCCCUCAAGAGCAAGCUCAGAGGCCCCCUCCCCCAGGAAACUCCGCAAUGACUUGCCAGGCGAGGAAACGAGACCUCUUUUGUUCCUGCUAGAAGGUCUGGGGGACGGAGAGUAAUUGAGAACGCAGAAGGUUCUGAUGAAGAGAUGGACGCUCGUGAUGCCGAUUUCAAUGGAACCAAAGCCAGCGAAUAAGCAACCAGCUAGCUGUGUACCUCAGCAGGGAAAAAAGCAAA